AUGGAUAGGGCCCAUACUGCCCCCCCAUCCGAGGAGAGGAAUCCCUUUGAUCUCUCCUGUGCUAUAGAUCUUCUCCGGUCACUGUCUUGGUAUCAUCCGACUUCCAACCCCUCUGACUCAACCAUUACUACUACUACUACUACCACCGCCACGUCUACUACUACAAGUACUACUUCUACCUCUACUAUCACUACCGCAAAUAUAUCAUCCAAAUCAAGGCGGGUCCACGAUACUUCUACUCUCGCAGCUUCUAAUGAUACUACCACCCUGCUUCUCAACCAAGAUGCCGGACGACGGAAUCCUUUCUUAGAUAUUCUUUCCUCCGACGGUCCUUCUAGCCCCGUUGUUGGUAAAACAACCAAGAAGAAUAAUGACGAAACCGUGGCUCCACCGAAGAAUAAUACCGCACGAAAGCUAGGGCAUUCGAAAACACCCUCCACGUCUUCUAUUCCAAAACAAUCUAGAAAACGUUCACCUGUUAAGGAAACAGCAGUUGCGGUUGCAGCCCUCUCAGCUAUCCAACGAAGAACCGGUUUUCUACAGAGUUUGAAAGAACUUGAUAAAGGAAAUAAGUCACCGUUGAACCCUGCUGUUCACGUCUUUGUGGAUUAUUCUAAUAUAUCCAUCGGUUUCUACGACAGUGUCAAAAAGCUUCUUUCUGACACCAAAAAACCAUCUCGCACCCCUCAAAUCCAACAUAUAUCCUUCAAAACCCUAUCUUUAAUCCUCGAAAGAGGCCGUCCCGCUACUAAAAAGGUCCUAGUCGGAUCAACCCGAAAUAAUGACCUAAAAUCAGAAGCCCAAGAUCUAAACUACGAAGUCAGCAUCCUUCAACGAGUACCCCGAGAAAAUCAGGACUCAUCCACCACAUCCAAACCGUCAAGUCGGGGCUAUGCCUCCGAGCCUGAGCAAUCCAGGAAACGUACGGGGGAACAAGCAGUCGAUGAGGUUCUUAUUAUGAAGAUAUUGGAAUCUUUGGUCGAUUGUUGCCCCGCUACUAUUGUGCUUGCGACCGGUGACGGGAACAUCACACAGUUUUCUGAUGGGUUUUAUAAGGCCGUUGAGAGAGCGUUGGAAAAGGGGUGGAACGUGGAGCUUGUGGCUUUCAAGAGAACUAUAAGUAAGAGUUGGAAGAAGUUGGUUUGUCCGCAAUUCAGGAUUAUUCUGUUGGAUGGGUUUCUGCCGGAUUUGCUGCAGUAA